GGGCCGACGCGGAAACGCCCGGCUUUCCCCGGCUUCCCGGCCGGGCCGGGGCCCCCCGGUCUCCCCCUGGCUGGGUCCUCCUUGGGCGGGGCAGGGCCGGCCGGGGAGGGGGCGCGGGGCCUUUGUUAGGGAGCCAGGCCCCAGCCCCCGGGACAAUAGAGACACCCUCCCGGAAUCCUCUCCCCGGCCCGUCCGGGAUCUGGGCAGGCGGCGACCUAGAGGGGUCGGGACGAGUCCCACUCUGCUUACUCUCUGGGGGUCGGUCUGUCCCGGCCCGCCGCUGGCCUUGGGCGGCUCGGCUCUCCUCCCCCCAGUCGGUAUGAUGCAGCAGCAGUGCCGCAAGGACGGGAGAAGAGCCGCGACACGGCCUGCUCCCCUUCCCAGUGCCCCUGGCUCAUUUGUCAGUCCCCACCCCACUCGAGGCCGGCAGCUCCUUAAACUCGCACCCACUGUUCAGUGGGGCCCCGAACUGUGGGCACUGUUUCUGAAUCCUACGGUGGGGGUUUCUGGACUUUGGGGCUCUUGGAGAGACUUCCGGGCUGGUCCUGAGGGAGGGAGGGUACGAUCUAAAAGAACAGGUAAGGGGAGUGCCCACUCCUCGCGUGCGUACCAUGGGGCUCUCCUCCGCUCCUGUUCUUAGUGGCUAGAAAUGCCCUUUGCCUGUAGGUUUCUGUGGGCUCUGAUCCCCUUGUAGAGUGGCAGGCUUAUUUUAAGAGAAGACAGAGUGGGGUGAAGGUUGUAGGGUAUUAGGGCCAUUCCUACUUCUGGUAGCAGUACCCCCCCAAGUGGACAUCCUGGCUGAAAGCAGAGCCGUGUUGCCGCCCGCUGUGCUAUGAGCAGUCAGAGCGCCGUCUCCACAAGAGUUUACACAUGAAAAUGGAGGAAAUGUCUUUGUCUGGCCUGGAUAACAGCAAACUAGAGGCCAUCGCUCAGGAGAUAUAUGCUGACCUGGUCGAGGAUUCUUGUUUGGGAUUCUGCUUUGAAGUACACCGGGCUGUCAAGUGUGGCUACUUCUUCCUGGAUGAUACAGAUCCUGAUAGCAUGAAGGAUUUUGAGAUCGUGGACCAGCCUGGGUUGGACAUCUUUGGACAGGUUUUCAACCAGUGGAAGAGCAAGGAGUGUGUUUGCCCCAACUGCAGCCGCAGUAUUGCUGCUUCCCGCUUUGCCCCCCACCUGGAGAAGUGCCUGGGAAUGGGUCGCAACAGCAGCCGAAUCGCCAACCGCCGGAUUGCCAAUAGCAACAAUAUGAACAAGUCUGAGAGUGACCAAGAAGACAACGAUGACAUCAAUGACAAUGACUGGUCCUAUGGCUCAGAGAAGAAAGCCAAGAAGAGAAAAUCAGACAAGAACCCUAAUUCCCCUCGAAGAUCCAAGGCUCUAAAACACAAAAAUGGGGAACUUAGCAACUCCGAUCCUUUUAAGUAUAGCAACUCAACUGGGAUCAGCUAUGAGACCCUGGGGCCAGAAGAGCUGCGGAGCCUGCUCACCACGCAAUGUGGAGUGAUUUCUGAACAUACCAAGAAGAUGUGCACAAGGUCACUACGCUGCCCGCAGCACACGGAUGAACAGAGGCGAACUGUACGGAUUUAUUUCCUUGGGCCCUCAGCUGUUCUUCCAGAGGUAGAGAGCUCCUUGGAUAACGAUGGCUUUGACAUGACUGACAGCCAGGCCCUCAUCAGCCGGCUUCAGUGGGACGGCUCUUCUGAUCUCUCACCUUCUGAUUCAGGCUCCUCCAAGACUAGUGAAAAUCAGGGAUGGGGUUUAGGUACCAACAGCUCUGAAUCACGGAAAACCAAGAAAAAGAAAUCCCAUCUGAGCUUGGUAGGGACUGCCUCUGGCCUGGGCUCCAACAAGAAGAAAAAGCCAAAGCCACCGGCUCCCCCAACGCCCAGCAUCUAUGAUGACAUCAACUGACUUGGGUGUAAGGGAUAGCCUUUGGCUGAGAGAGCCCUCUCUCCCGACCCCCACCCAGGCAGCAUAGCCUGGCAUAUGGACAGCUGCUGGGGGUUUGGGCUUGGGAAGCUUGGUGGGCCAGGCAGGCAGAGGACCCAAUUAUGAGCCCCUGGGGGGUGUCAGGGUCCUCUGCAACGAAGCAUGACUCCUCGGCGUGCAGGACUCAGACCUGGACAUAUUAUGCCUUGGACAUAAGUUUGGUGGGGAGGCGGUUUUCCUAUUUAUUCUGUGAGUUACUGGAUGUCCAGCUAGGCUGGGAGCCUGACCUGGGCACUGUGCCAGGGCACUGCCUGCUCCCCACCCCAGGAACUGGACUAAGCCCUGCCGAGGGGCAUUGUGGCUACCCAGGCUGCUUUGGGUUGGAAGCUGAGCCCAGAGGGGGCCUCCCCUGGCUGCCCUCAGCAAUGUGAAAGGGUCCGGUGCUUGGAGCUGAGGGGCAGGGCUGCUAUGUCCUGUUUGUGCAGAGUCCUGUCAAAUGUCCCCAUUCCCUGGGGUCAGCAGGCACAGUGCUGUCUGCUAAGGUGGGCGUCCAGAACUGCCUCACAGGGGGCAGCCCUUUCCCCUCAGUCCCCAUGGGCCUCCUUGGCAGCAGGAGCUGUCCUUUUGUUGUUGGGUGCCGGGAAAGGACCUUCAGCCUCUACAGCUUCAAGGAAUGGGAAGGGGAGGGUAGGAAGAGGGAGCCUGUAUCAGAGUGGCCCCCUGCCCUCCCUGCCCCAGGGCUGUGAGGAACGGCCCAGGUGAGAGGGACGGUGCUGCUUUAUUUGAAAUGUUUCUUACCUCAUUCCCUGCCCCAGGAAGGGGCCCAGCCUCACCCUCCUGGGGUGGCCCCGUGUUCUCCCUCCCUUCCUGCCCCCUGCCCUGCCCUGCUGGGGCAGCCUGAGUUCCCAGCUGCUGCUUGCCCCCCACCCCCUUUUACCUUGACCAGCUUCGGUUCCUCUCAGCGCUCUCUCCUCUAAAGCCUGCCCUGUUUCCCCUCCCUUGCCGCUUUUAAGUUAUUUAUUCUGUACUUGUGGUUUGGGGCUCUGAGGAAAACCCUAAUCUUGUGCCUCUCUCCCUUUGCUAGGAGUAGGGUGGGAUGAGAAGGUAGUCUCUGCCCUGGGUUGCCAGUGGAGCUUGGAAGGGUGCUCUUGCCCCUCUGUGGGACUGUCAUGCCAUAGCACCCACCUACCAGACCUAUAUCCCACCUCCAAGCAGGUACCAUCACACCUUGGAGCUGGAAGAUCUGGCUAUGGGCUGAUUGACAGGGAUGGGGUUAAUCCUGAGCCAAAUUUUCUGGCACUUGCUAUACAUGUCCCCUCUCUUCCCAGGAGGAGCCACUCCCGUAUUGGGUAGCUAGUACCCAGGACUGGUUGAACUGAUUGGGAUAGGGACCCAGAGGGUUAAGGGAACAACAGUGCAGGGCUGCAGUACCCCAUCUGGAGCCCCAGUUUCCCUGGGGUGGUUCUCAUUGUGGCUGAUGCCUGGUUACAAAUUGAUUUUUUUUUUAACCCAAGUAUUGUGAUUAUUUUUUUUUAAAGUCAAGCUAAUUUUGGCAGGAGUUAGAAUAAGUCCUGGAGCCUGGGCCCCUCUGUCCUUGGCCCUCCAUAGCCUUCUCACUAGAGGGGGAAAGAGAAGGUUCUCGGGCCGGCCCCACUACCAAGCACAGCUUGGGAACCUGCCGAAGGUCGGGAAGCCGUCCCAGGCCCCUGUCCCUCUGGAGAAGUAGCUGCAGCUCAGGCCAACUCACUCUGCUCUCUCUUCCACCUCUCCCUUUCCCUCUGGUUGGAGGGAGUAGUUUGGGAACUGGUUUGUCCACAAUAACUUCCCCAUUGUCCCUUGGCUCACCCUCAGGGCAGAACCCCCUGCCUGGGCUGGGUGAGAGAUGGGCUUGGUCCAGCAGGGACCCUGAGGGAACAAGCCCCUUCCUUCUGGGGAGUUUGCCCUCCCUACUGUGUAGUUGAACAGGGGCUAGGAACUCCCCACUCCCUCCCUCUAACAGCAGGCUGUGUGGGUUUCUAUUCCCAUCCUCCCCGCCCUGGCUAGGUCGUCCACCCUGUAUCCUAUCAUGUGUCUGUGUGGGGGGGUUCUGUACUAAUUUCCAUGGCCGGUGGCUUUUCCUUCCAUGCAUCACUCCCCCCCGCAUGCCCAGGGGCCACCCGCCUGGCAUUACCGCAUGCUGGGGUCAUUGGGGGAGGGGGGUGGGGCUCACGCUGUCCUGUGGUCUUGAGAUUUUUAUUUUUGCAUAUGUAAUCCAUCCUGUACAGGUAGCUAACUUUGUAAACGCUGUGUAUUCCCCUCUGCCCCCAUGGCUGCUGGUGUAAAUAAACUGCAUCUCCCGUUGGUA